AUGGCAGGUACUCCUCUGUGGGACACGGAUCUUCAGCCGGUCACGGUCAUACCCAUGACGCUUCAAAGUGUCACGUCUUCCGUACGUCACCUAACAGAGGACACGGUGAUGAAAAAGAAGUAUGACUAUUACACCCCCGUACGUAACCAGGUACCUGUGAUCCUGACACCCACCUGGAUCGCAUGGGCCAAUCAUAUAGAUCUCAAAAUCGUUUCAAUGACGCCCACGGUUUCAGUUGUGUGGCAUCAGUCAGAUCUCUCCUUUGCUCCUAGUCUUAGAAGAUGCAACAAGGGAAGAAUGGAUGGACUUUCUCACCUUCCCAGGAUGGACUCUCUCACCUUCUCAGGAUGGACAGCCUUCAAGGCAGUGCUAUACUUCAUUUUUUCCCAGAUUCCCAGGAAGGGUGUCCUUGUGGCAAAGGUUGAAGAUGUCUACAAGUCCAAAGCUUCAGCCCACUGUACUGAACUUAUAUUCCCCUCACAUCCAUCAUUGCUUGACCGUUUUGCCACUCUUGCUAUUGUAGCCGUCAGCAAGCAAGCCCAUCUUCAUGAUGUCAUCUACGCCCGCUAUCAUCUUUCCCUUACAAAGACUGUGAGCGAACUGGUUUGUGAGGAUGAGACUAGCUUCAGUAAACCAAAGCAUAGUGGGAGUGAGGACUUAAUGACGGAUAACAAAUGGCAAGACCAGGAUUGGGCAGACUACAUAUUGGCAGACUACAAAUUGGGAGACAACGACCUGGUCACCGAACUCGUAUCAGAAGAAGCUUCGUUUUUUGAAAGCGCCCAUCAUUUAGCCAGAUACACUUACCGGACAUUCCAAUCGACACUGUCCAAAUUUCUUGAUCAAUUUGAAAUUGAUGAUUCACAGGCGUAUCUACUCACCAUACAAAUGAUGGAUGCAGUGAUAAAAGCGGCACAAGAACCGCAAGACACCGGUCUCCAGAUAUACCAAGCGGACAAGAAGAAUGUCGAGGAUUUUCUGAAAGCUGCAGAGGCCACCGCAAUGGUGGCUGACUGGUUGCAGCACAUAACACAUGAAUUAACAGAGGUUGAUGAGGUCAAGCAAGCCAGCGAGUCAUUUAAAGGAACAAACGCUGAGUUCACGAAGUGGUGGACACAUUACCAGAUAGCCCUUGAGAUCAGUGGAAAGAGUACGUCAGAGAUGAUUGAAGCGUUGAAUUCUUUCAACCCUCCAAACGAGCUCCGUGCGCUACAUGAGCGUUUGUUGAAUAUAGCCGACGAUUAUGACAAAACACCCAAAGUGUGGGCACCUUUAGAACCGGGUGAUGGGCCAAAGCAAGAUGCACCAUACAGGGUAUUGGGUAGCUCAGAGAUCUCCGGUCACUUACCAAAUUGA